UUGUUUUGAAUGCACCACCCUUACCACCUCCAUCGGUCUCUGGGUUCUUCAUCAUUCAUUGAAGUAUCGCAGAGGAUACGGCACCCUCCAGGGUUAUUGCAAUCGAACCGAGACCCUGCCUCGGUCAUGGCUGCGCCGUUAGCCCACUUCGACGAAGACUGGCAGGAUUUCAACGAAUUCAAGGCGGAUUCUGGGUCGCCGAACCGAUUGGACCAACUGAACUCGAACGUGGCUGACACAGGCCUGGUGGAGGAUUUCUCGGACCUCGACAACAGCUUCUCAGGGGAAAUAUGCAGCUUCAAGUCAAUGGAGGACCUUGUCCACGAUUUCGAUGAGAAACUGACAGUAUGCUUCCGAAAUUACAACACCCAAACUGAAAACAUAGCCCCUAUUAAACCUAUAACAGAAGAUAAUUUCCUCAAGAACGACGAGGUGUGGAAUGCUCUGACGGAUAACUAUGGCAACGUGAUGCCAGUGGACUGGAAGACAUCUCACAUUCGCUCCCUUCAUCUCCCCACACUGAAUCUGCGCGAGCAUGGGAAGCUGGACAACAUGCCCCUGGACAUGUCCGAUGAUGAGGAGCUGAGGGAACAGAUGGACAUGCACUCCAUCAUCGUGUCCUGUAUAAACGACGAGCCGCUCUUCACCGCUGACCAGGUGAUCGAGGAGAUUGAGGAGAUGAUGCAAGACUCUCCGGAUCCAGAGGAUGACGAGAGCCCGUCCCAGUCAGACCUGUCCAUGCUGUCCCAGGACUUCAGUAACCUCAAACGCUCCGGUUCCAACAGCAGCUAUGAGGACCGCCUGCGCCGUCUGUCCGUCUCGGAGCUGAGCGAGGCCCUGGAGGAGGUGGAGACGGCCAUCAGGCGCUUCAGCGAGGAGCUGAUCCAGGCCCUGGCCCUGAGGGAUGAGCUGGACUUUGAAAAGGAGGUGAAGAACAGCUUCAUCUCGCUGCUCAUCGAUGUGCAGAACCGGCAGAAGGAGCACCGCGAGCUGCUCCGCAAGAAGAAGAAGAUCCGUCCCACAGGCAGCGCCCAGAGAUCCGACAGGACCCACGUCCCUGGGACGCUCUUCACUAUGGAGGGACUCUCCACUGUCAUUCAGAACGGCUUCCGUCAAACUUUUGGCAGCCCAGGAGGGGACAAACAGUAUCUGACCACAGUUAUCCCCUAUGAGAAAAGUGCUGGUUCCCCCUCUGUGGAAGAUCUUCAGAUCCUCACCAAGAUUCUGCAGGCCAUGAGGGAAGACAGUGACAAGGUUCCCAGCCUUCUAACGGACUACAUCCUCAAAGUGCUGUGUCCUACAUAGAUGCCGGAGGAGCCACCUGUUCUGGAACGUUCUGACAACACUCAGGAACCAACGAGGUCUGGAACAUAUCAGUGGAAGCAAAGGCACUGUCCUAAAAAGGUGGACUCUUCUCUGGAGUAUUUACUCCACUACAUAUUUUCCCUCAAACUAUGAGAUGCACAUUGUAAUGCCUGGUGUUUUACCUUACUUUUUACUUGUAAUAUGAAUUGUUUUAAUGUUCUAAUGCUAUAAUCUCGUGUUUUAAUAUCUUCUGCAUGUUAGAAUCUUGAUUAGCUUAUCAGUAUUACUCUCCCUUGUCUAAAGUCUCUUCUUGUACUCCUCUCCUCUGUUUGUGAUGAGGUGAAAGAGCUGGACAAAAAACACAUUCCCUGUCUUAUCAGUAAAGAUUAGGGUGUGGAGACGAGGAUAAGCCCCAGUAUACCUGGAAGUAACCAGGGGAUGUAUUAGAAAGGACCCUACAUGAACUGUUGUUGGCCAAAUCAGAUUUCCGAUGUCCAGUUUGUCAGAGCGGGUUAGAGCAGUGAAUGAUUAGCAGAACAUGGUCUUAGUGCAGUUCAGAAGCCUUGUUUUGCCCCUUUUCUUAGAAUAAGUUUUUCUGGCUGUUUACCUUUGCAUGUGGCUACGUAGGUUUAGGUAGCUACAUAUGUCAUAAGUCAUUGUGUUGUGUACUACAAUGUGAAAUUGCACAGAUCAAAAAUGGUUUUAAGUGAUUUAACUUCUUGAAAAAGGGAAAUGAUGACAGAAGUUAGUUAGAAAGUUACAGAAAAGAACAAACUUGUACAGCUUUUUUUUUUGGUAUGUCCUUUUUAGAGAGAUUAGGGACUUAUUUGCUACAUGUAGAGUGUGGUAACUUAUGACAUCACCACUGAUGUAAACACUAGCUGUCAACCUCUGACACUUCCCUAGUGACAUGUAUUGACAUCACCAUGUAUACUUGGCUAAUAUUUGGUCUUUUAGGAUGUACAGUAAAGAUGCGUAGUUCUCAAAGUUGUGCUCCUGAGCUGAAAAGGAUCCCUGUUUUUGUGUACUAAUGCACGCAUUUUGUAUACAGAUGUUGACAGGCAAGUUAAACACCAAAAUCUACAAAAUAACCACAAUUUGUGGUUUAUGACAAUUCAUGACAUCCAAUUGUUGUUGUGCUGAUGAUCCCGGAGGGCAUCUUUAAGUUUUGGGUUAUUAGGGUAAUGCUCUAACGGAUACCGCAUUAAAAAAGGACAUGUACGGUGAUUGUUCAAUAGCUGUGAGUUGAUCCUGCCGCUUUUGUAAAGGUUGGUGACCCAGUGAGGACAUUUAGUCAGUACUAGAACACUACUGCUUCAUGAACAAUAUAGAGGAUUAAGGAAGGUUACAGUACAAAGGCAGCCGUUGUCUACAUCUACAUCCACUAACCUUCAGCCCUGUGGAUCAGAUUACCUCCUCACUCGGUGCAGCACAAUGCUGUCAGCUGAUGAGCAGUAACUCCGUUCAGUGCACUGGAACCCCAGUCACACGCUAACGGCUCCAGCCUGUCACUACUCUCAGGUUGAGCGUUGCUUCCACAGCAGUGGUGUCCUAAACCGUGUUAAAAUGCAGUCGAUGUGCGGUUGGCGGGGAUUACGUUGUAGCAUUAGCAAGCCUAUUACCUUACAGCUUGUGUAGCCUUGUAAUAGUUUUUGUCAGUCAUUAAUCUGAUUAGUAGUGUAGUGACAUUAGUGAUAAGACAGCUGACAAGCGUAGGCUAGUACCUGAAGACUUAGUGGUUGUUGUAGCAUUGACUUGUAGUAGCUCUGUAGUAAAGCUGCUGUUUAACUGUUUUAGUAACUGCUCAUAGCAGCCUUGCACCUACAGAAAGUAACUAGAUAUCCCAGGUAGCCUGCCGGACGACCUCUGGACAGACCAAUAUGUGCUUCAACGGCAUCCAGGACCCCCUAGCACAAUGCACCCACUAUCUACUUCAAGUCAAUAAAAAAACUGAUAAAUGUCACACUAAAGAAAUUGUUAGUGUUGGGAAAAAUAUUGGGAUUAGAAAGUUAACUCAAAUUAAAAUGAAUCCCAGUUCAGCCUCCUUAAAAGGUGCAGGGACUGUCCUGGUUGAGUGCCAUGAUAUUGUCACAGAGAUUGACUCCAGCUAAAGCCCUCUAUUUUAGCAGACAUGUCAGCACACAUCCACACUUUAUCUAGAGAUUUAUAUUUAUAUAAAACAAGCAUUGAAAAAGGCUGCCUUUGUAAAUUCCUGAAAUUUUGUACAUAGAAUUUACUCUUUUUAAUGGUAUAUUUUUCCCCCAUUUGGGGUUUUUGUUUACUUGGCCUCACGCGGUACAUUAAUUUAUUCAGUAAAUGUUUGUUUGGUAACCAUAUUAUCAACUGUAGUGGUACAAACCUUUGUGCUCAUUUCAAAUAAAAUGUUUACACUA